CAUCAGAACUAAAAAAAAAAAAUCAAAUCAGUACUGUACUAAGUGAUACUUAACCACAUAUAACGCGGCUCAUCUGGUGUUGUGUCCCGUCGCCGCCGAAUCACCGAUGCCCCUUCCUCACCGGCGGUGCCACUCCAAUCACCGGCAGAAGCGUAGUCGUCGACGGCGCGUGGAAUGGGCCGAACCCACCGACUAGUGCAGUGCGGCAGCGCUCGCCGCGCCGGCGGCGGCCGUCGUGGCGGCGUUGGACACACCUGAGCAAUGGCAACUGCCGCCGCCGCCGCGCUCAUCGGCCUGUGGCCGCUUGCGCCGUCGGCUUGGGUUCCACACUGGUGUUCUCUGCCGCCGCGGCCGGCGACAGGACGGGUUCGGUUCCGAACGCCUCAGCACGGCUGCUACUCGCACACCAGGUGUUCGUUGAAAUGCUUCGGAAUCGUUCGCUUGCUAAUCUGGUUGUUUUUUGUCACAGGGAAGCAUGACAGCACGACGCGUGGCAUUCCUAGUCUUCACCGACGACCGUGGCAACAGGCAGCAGCAGCUAGCUCUCGUUCUCCUCUGCUCGACGCCUCCGGCGUCGCGAGCAUGACGCCAUCGGCAUUGUGGGCCCCAUGGCCCACCUGUCAGAGAAGGGGGAGGGGAGGUGCAGGUGUGGGCCCACCUGUCAGCGAAGGGAGAGAACUCCUUCAAAUUGCGGCCGCCUUGGCGCUGUGAGCCGUAACUGUCGCAACGAACUCCUCCCCUCCCUCCGCUCUCCCCUCGCCGGAAAACCAAGAAAUCAAGAAAGCAAGAGAACCCUCGCCGCCUCCGCCGCUCGCCGGAGGCAAUGGAGAAGUUCCACGACGGGCACCACGUGUGGCUGCGGAGCCGCGUCCACGGCACGUACCUCCGCGCCGGCGAGGACGGGAGCGGCGUCUCCCUGCACGAGGGCCGCGCGUCCGUGCACGCGGCGUGGGCGGUGCACAUUCUCCACCUCGACGGCGGCGACAUCCUCAUGCUCCACAGCGCCGCGAACGGGCGGUACCUCGCGGCCCCCAGGACCGGGUGGUCGUGGAACAGCGUCGACCUGCGCGACCUCAACCAGCUCCCGUCGUUCACCGUCGGGUGGUUCGCCGUCACGGCGGGUUCCGGGGACUACGUCAUGCUGCGUCACAGUAGUAGCGGGCUCUUCCUCCGAGCUGAUGGCGGGAACCUCCUGUGCAAUAGCGUCGGCGUCGUCGUCGACAUGUUCGACUUCCGCCGCAGAGAGAUCAGGCAGUGGGUGGUGGAGGCCAUUCCCCCGAGAGAUUCCAUGCCUAUCCUCCCCAAUCCUUCGCCCACAGCUUUCAGCUGGUGCCGCAUCUGGUACGUGCGAGCAUCUCCUCAAGGGAAUUUCCGCCGAGAAGACUGGCGUUCGUUAUUGUUCCAUGGGAGGUCAGUGUUCCAUCUAAGGAACAGGCUGGCGAGUCAGUUGCGCAUCAGAGAGUCCUCUGACGCCAUAUUGUGUGUUCGAGCGGGCUCCACUGGACGGGUGACUCCUCUGGUUACUGAUCUGCCUCGCAACACUUUGGUGAUAGACAUUGUCGUUAUCACAGCCGGGACGAAUGCUGCCCUCUGGUUGAGGUACCCCAAUGUUCAUGCCGCCUAGAGGAAGGCAGAACUACAGGAGCAGAACCUCUGACAAUCACUUCUUCAUUAAUCUCUUCAGAGUUAUUCGCUGAUUCAGAUCGAAUGACAGAGAAGUGGAUGUCUUCAAUUUUUUUUUGGUUGAUUCAGGUUCAGAAAGGGAAACUGUCAAAAACCUUCUGUUUCCCGGUGGUUAAUUAGCUAUAGGCCAUUAUGCCCUGAAAGUUUACGAACUGCUGUAAGCAACUAAGUAGAAUGUGUGCCUGACGAAUUAUGCGUUCUCACAUUUGCUGUAGUUUUCCAUGGUUUUCUCUAUGAUUCGAUUGAUCAUCUUUUUGUAGAGUGCAAUGUUAUAUUCAAGUCUGAAUACAUCAGCCAACUCGUUUUCAUAACCUGUGAAAAA